UGCAAAAAAUAGUACCACAAGGGAAUGUUGUCAAAACAUAAGCAAGUAUAUAACAAGUUUAAAACUGUUAACAGCAAAAUGCUUGAUGCCGGCGCCAGUGAACACCAAGUACAGUGGUUUAUCAGCAUUGUUUCUGUUUUGAGCCUCGUGAUUUGCUCGGUCGCUUACGUAUGGUUCAAGAUAAAGGAAAAAGGGGAAUUUUGGCAUCAUGGCAUACGACUUCCAUCCAGACCUGAACGAACCCACUGGUAUCUCGUUUCUAUAUCCAUAGCCUGUAAGCCGUGGGCCGGACACGAGGGCGACGUGUACCUCAAACUAAUUGGGAGCAGAGGCUCGAGCCCAACAUUUCUCGCCAACGCUGAGGUACACUCCCGGAUGUAUGAAGCGGAUGCCCUGUUGUGUUUGUACGCCUCGUCUUGGCCACUCGGACAAAUAGAUUACGUAAUCGUGGUCUGUGCCCCCUCCAGAAGAAAGAAACGAUGGUAUUUGAGUAGUGUUCAUGUAAAGUACUUGCAUUCGGACCCAGAAUUGGAGCGGAUCUGGUAUUUUCCAUACCACGAAUGGAUCGAAGUGUUUCUCGAGUCUACCAAAGUUACAUUGUGCGGAGUCGACCCUGAGCAUGAUAUUAACAGAAGACUUUUGCUUGGCUGGCUUUCACGCGGAGUUACAGACCACCAUUUAUGGACGUCGUCGGUCGGUCCGCUCAAAUACACUCCUUUCUGUCGCUCGCAACGAGUUGCUUGCAUCGGGUGCCACUGUGUGUCUUCUGUUGUCUGUAGUAUUUUCCUGAAUGGAUUCAUACCCGGUCUUGGACCUUUGGUAUUGGGCGUAUACGCUUCAGCCGGUGCUGCUGUCCCUGUAUACCUUGCGGAGUGGUGCCUUAGACAGGCUGAACGACAACCAAAAGUGGUGGUGGAGGAACUGGAAUGGUAUAAAAGUGACAGCGGUGUAUCACAUGCUCCGGUUGAUGGAGAUUUUCUGCUGCAAGAACCUGGGAUGCUGAGUGCGCUCACAUGCAAACGUUCCGACAUGGAUGAAAUACAAAGACUUGAUGACUUUGAAAACCAUCCGAAUAUUGUGUACGAUGAUGAAAUGUUUUGGAAAUGGUUAACUAAAGGAGGAAAAGAAGUUAAAAGUGGAGCGGAGUCUAAUGAGUCUUCAAAUACCAACAUUUCAAAUCAGGAAAUGAAUAAAGAUGACGUAAUAAAUGCAAUGGAGGAGUUAUUAAGUGACCAAGAUUCGGAGAAAAGUCAAACAAAGAAAUCUUUUUUUGGGAAAUUUAAAAAUAAAUUCGCAGUGGUGAAAAAGCUUCUAAGAAAAAAAGGUUCAAUGUUAGGGAGUGAAGUCAGUGAGAAAGAUGGGCAAUCAUUGAUUGAAGAAAUGAAGAUUACUGGAGUUCAAGCACAAGCAGAUGGUGGAAAUGACUUGCAACAAAUAUCGGAGGAAAUUAAACCCAUAUAUGUUGGCAAAGGAAGAUAUGUGGUUGAACCUGUAUCAGUUUGGAGGGUUGACAGUCAGUUCUCCAUAAACAGUCUUGACCUAAAAGAUACAACUGACAACCCAUUCAUGCUCCUUGAAUCAAUGCCAGUUGCUGAUUUUGAUUUGUUAAGACAAGGCAGACGUUCACUUAUGUCAACCUAUGAAGGAUUGCCUGGAGAUGGCGUUGGUGUUGACGGCUUAGGUGAUAAUGGACAAGGUUCUGGUGGUCAGUAUGGCUCCCAUGGUGGCACAGGUGAUGCCUCAUGGCCAGAUGGCCAUACUAUCGAAAACUGGAUCAACAAACAUCUUAUGAAAGAAGUUUCACCGAUUCUGCUUCCACCAUCUACAAAGAACAUGACGUCAGAAGAAGGAGAAUUGAUCAGUAUGGUCUACUUUGAUCUGAACACUCGGGGGCAGCAGUGGUACAAACCUGACAUUCCUGAAGAGGUUUACCUUGUGGGCAAGGAAACUAUCAAACCAGCCACUGAUUGGUCAAGAAUGGACCACACCCCCUUAGAUAAAGAAGUGGAAAGUGACGAAACAGAAGUUAUGGAUAUGGAUGGACGUAGUGAUACAAAUAUAAAGAAGAGAAUGACCAGAGAGGAAAUUAAACAGAAGUAUCCGGAACCCAUACCAAGAGAAAGGGUUUUUUCCAUGUUGAUGUUUCCUGAGUAUGCAAAAAAGCUCGCCAAUGCAUACGUGGACAUGUUAUCUUACCCACACAUGCAUUCAACUAUCGCUGAGUUGUUUGCUCUGCUAUCAGAAGCAAAAGAAGGGCCAGAAUUAUUCUGUGACAGCUGUCUUCUUGUUGCUCCAAUACUUAAAGGAAGAGAGGCAUUCCGAAGCGUAAUGUCGAUAGCAAGAACUUCAACAGCUUGGACAACUUUGAUCUGUGACGUCACACAGCGUCUGUGGUUUCAAAGCGACAAUGUUGAACGUAUUAAGGAGAAAUAUGGUUUGGAGGCCAAAUGUAAAGUAAAGGUAGUCGGACAGAAAGAAUGCACCGAAGAAAAAAGUUGUUUUGAUAAUCAAUGUAAUGAUGAUUCACAGAGUCAGAAGGGAAUUCCUGGAUAUGAGGCUUACAACCCUGCAAGUAAUGAUUGUGUUUAUUACGAGUUUGAUCGUAUUUUAGAAUGGAGCAAAAAGCUUGCAGAAAUUCGAAUAGCUGAAAAGGAUUGCCCACUUGGUGAACUGUCAGCUUGCAAUUUGAAGAAGUUAUCUCGCUUUUAUAGAAGUAUGUUGCUUACCACUGAUGGCGGAAUACUUUUCGCUGAACUGAUGAUUCAAAUUGUUGGAAAUGAAAAAGGGAAGAAAACAAUUGGCCAACUUAUUCGCUUUGUGACAUCACAGCGAGACGGCGUGCAUCGGUUAAUCGAACUUCAUCGUCAGAUCGGAGAGUCCGGACCUACAGGGAGAAGGUUGUUACUUCGUCUUUAUAAUGCUGUGAAGAGGAGGCUUCCACAUGGCUUAAAGCUUUUAUCUCGUCUCACUGACCACAUGGGUCAAGUUCGACUCGGCAGAAUGUUGCUGCAAGAUCUACAGCUAGAUGGCGGUAAAGCGCACAUCACAGCUCGACAAAUCAGAGACGAGAUUCAAAAUAACCUGAAUCCAAUGGUUAAGAUGAUCGGACAAACUGUUUGUCAAGUUGUUGUCCGAAUGAACGGAGUAGCUCAGUGUAUGUUGUCUGUGGCAGAUCAUGCUAAGGCUGUGUUGGAAGGUGGGGGUGACGGGAUUCUAAACAAAAGCAAAGAUCCGCAUGAAAGUUUCAGCAACCAUGUGGAUAUAGACAAGGAAGAAAUCAUUGAAGGGAAAUGUGGAGUUGUAUCAGACUGGAAAUCAACAGCAACUUGUUGCCGUAACUACAAAGAUCUUCUCAAAGAUCAAAAAAAGAAAGAAGAGGAGGAGAGUAAGAAAAAUAAGCCUCCAGUGAUCAUAAGAUCGAAGCAGUUUCAGUGGUCAGAAACAGACUCUGCUCUCUCAUGUGAGGUUGAUCCACUUUCAAGGAAAAAUUUGAAUGUAGCAGAUCUGUGGGAACCGGUAGAUACACGAGAAAAAGUUAAUAUUUACAAAGGGACAGAAGAAGAACCUCUUCAUCCAUGCACGGCAGUCAAGCCACCAUGCAGACAUAAUGUUUACUGCAAAGAUCAAGUUAAAACCAACUACAAUCAGUUUUAUCUUCAAUCAACUGACCAUGAGAAAUUCUAUAUGAGCUUUAACUUUAGACCAUCUGGUCUUCACAAACGAUCCGAAGACAUACGCGGAAGACUUGGAGGAUUAGGAGCAGAUCCUGUGAGGAGUGAAACCAGCAUCCGGUUUAUGGAAGAUCAAGAGAUGAGGAAGAGUGAUACUUAUAAAAAGAUGCAGAGUAGAUCUUAUGAUCUUCCAUCUGUUGCUGGAAGAUGGGGGAGAAAAGUUGUGAAAGAGGAAGAUGAUCUGGUCAGGAAGAGAGGAAAACAACAGAAGCAUAAACCUGUAUGCACAUGCACCAAGCAUGGAAACUCCCAGUUUGGUUGUAUAGUUUGUUCCAUAGCUCAACAAAUAUCUGGUGCAGAAAGUUGUGAUGAGGUCGCUGAUAUUAUAACCAAUAAAUGUGACAAGUUUCCUGGACAGUCGGUUUCAAAAAUCCCUCCUUUUCCAGUGUAUGAGCACGGUGUGACUCCUCAAAACAUCGAACUUGAGUCUUGCUCUGUUCAUUUAGGGGUUAAUUCUUCUACCGACAGUGAUUCUAGAAUAAAAAUUACUAAAGAAUUAAGAAAGAGUAAUUCCGAAAAAUCGCAGUCAAUUUCUAACUCUGCACUGUCACCUAGUGGCUCAAAUGAGUUAACCUCCAUCUCGGAGCUGAAGAGCACGCUAGGAUCAAUUAACAUUAACACAUCUGAAUCACUUGCGGAUGUAACUGUAUCUGAGACUUCAGAGGUCAUAGAUGCAUCAACAGUGGAUGAAACCACAACUUUAGACACCCAUAAUUCAGCCUCCCAGGUUUUACACUCAACCACAAGCAGUGAAAUAUCAAACUCAACUCACACUGGCAGCUCAGUUUCAAAUUCUGCUCCAUUUCCAAGUGGUGGAAAUCCACAAGAUCUUAUUCGCACACCUCGUCCUUCUGCUGGCUGUUGCAUGAAGGGUGUUGUGAACAAAAAAGCCGCUCCAUGCCCAUGUACAGAUGGUAAACCUAAACCAAGUGACCUGCCUCUUACCGAGAGAAACCUAGCAAUGUUCACCAAGGCCCCUGCUGAAGACAACAAUACAGUAUUUGGUCCAUCCCCAGAAAAAUGUGCAUGCAAUGCUAAAGAAGGGGGUAAGCUAGCACCAAGACCUCCAAGGCCAUGGCCUAUCACUGCAAAACACAUUGAAAAAUCUGAGGCACCUAAAAAAGAUGGCAAUUUAUCUAAUACAAAUCAUGCAAGUAAAGAGUCAAUUAAACAAGAGUUGGUUUCUAUGGAAGUCCCAGCACGCAAUGCAGAUAUCUCGCACUGGGCAGAAGACAAGAACGAGAGUGAAUUUUCUCGUCCAGAUUUAGAUCAAUCGGUUAAUGAGGAUGAUUAUGAUUAUUGUUUGGUGUGUGGUGGUGUGGUUUCUGUAGAACCAAUGCCAGAAAAACCUUUUGCUUACAGAUAUUUAGUCAAACACGACGCUGAUCCAAGGUUACAAGAUGCGAAUUCCCUUGACUCGUUAACCACUUUACACGACAUUGGGUUGGAUUCAAACCAUGGGAGUUCCACUCAUGGCAUGUGGACAGACAGCAAGAAAUGCUGCGCGAAUCCUGGGUGUCGUUCUAAACCUCCGCGGGGAUGCAGGUUCCGAAAUAAGAAGAAGAUUGAAGAAAAGGAAAGAGAUGAGAGAUUUGAGAAAGACAGAAAAAGGCUCCAGGAUGAGAUAAAUCUACGCUACCAACAAUGGUUACCACCUGGCAGGCAUGCCAUGGGACAUGUAGCAAACCAGGACGAUGUAGAAUUUGUUCAACAAGACCGGGAUUUUCCGAGUGAAAUCGACACUAAACCGAUUAGAAGCGUGGACUCGCUUGAUAAAAUCGUCCAAAAGUCGCGUGAUUACCCGGUUACCGACAGAAAAUACGACGUGGAAAAGUUCCGAAUGUUUUUGGACGAAACAUGUGAUUUACAUAAGCUUCCACGGUUUGCAUGUUGUCGUUUGCACGACGACGAUUGGACGAAGAUGUAUUUUAACUUGAGUCGCGACAAACGACGUCUGUACGCUAGAGCUGCAUUAGCAUGUGCUUGUAACUCGGUCGAAUCAAUGUCAGGGAAUUUUCAAACUGCUCAAACAUCUUUCCCAAAACCACACAGUAUAUGUUCCGAGUGCCACAUACACAUUGGCACGCAGCAGAGUCCACCAUGUACAAGAUACUUAUUACCAUUGAAGGCAGUUCGUUGCUAUGAAGAAGCAAUGCGGAAGUACGACCAGGCGGGUUCGGUAACAACAGACUCUGGCUUUUCGUUGGACACAGCCAUUGACGUAAUGAACGAAAGUGACGAAAACGCUGUUUCUCCUUACCAGCAACGAACGUUGAUGGAUUUGCUCGGCUUAUCGCAAGGACCAAAAUCGAAAAUAGUGAACUGUAAGCUCAUUCCUGCCCAAGAUUGCGACUGCAGUGAUGCGGCCUCCAGUGCGCCAUCUAGCGGCGUGUGUUGUCAUGUAACAAAAGCGAGACACCUACCGGUCAUGCACCUACAAGGCUUUGGGUGUGAACCUCCUUACGAGUAUACGCUCGAUAAACGAUUCCAACCCCUUCCAUUAAAAUGGUGGCAAUGUCACGACGUAGCUUUACGUAGUACGCAGGAGUGCGUCGAUGCGUGUGUACGUGCCCGGGUGCUGAUCGCGGAGAAAAGAGCCGACGCAGCGACAGAACACGAAAGAACUUGCAAAGUUUGUCCACCUCGUACUUUAUCCAAUGACGUAGUAUCCUCUUUACUUGGUGAUGACGUCAUAGACCAGGCUGGCGGUGUGGUGCUCGGACCUCGCUACAGCGAAAUGCUACCGUUGGUAUGGAAACCUACUGUAAGGGAAGACGGAAGGAGGGGGGAGACAGAGAUAACGGUUCAAGACCGUCGCAUCAGGUUCUAUCGACAAAUUAUCGAAGUGAUAGUUGAGAGUACGCGUACAAUGCUCCUUGCACCUGACCUGCAACCCCCGAAUCCAAAACUACCAACUCUCCUUCCUCCGGAUACGUCACGUCACGUGGUCCGGAUAGCACACUUCCGCGCCAUGAUGACGUCAUUGAAUGACGUAUUAGCCGAUGUAAAAAUCUUGAAAGAUACGAAGAUCGUUAAUGAUAGUGAUAUCACGCAGACUGUUCGUGCUGAUCUGUCCGAUUCUGAAAGAUUACGAAGAAAAAGAAAUGAAGACACGAGAAACCGAAUCCCGGAUCCAAAUCUUUUGGAUUCUUUUCAAAGUUUUGUAAAGGACAAAUUGUGCGGGAGUGUAGAUGACUGCCGGGAAGUUCUUUCACCGCCCUGGGAGCUUCCAGUUAAGGAUCAGCAUGUAGCUGGUGAAUUCUUGACCGAAAUAAUGGCUUCCCUGGGUACAGAAUUUAAACAAGACCAAGACAUACCUUUACAAACGGCACUCGAAUCUGCUCUUGGCUCAUUUCUAGAAGCUUGUGUGUUUAAAGCGACCACUCAAACCAGCAUACAAAGAGCAGUAGAGAAAGCAACUGUUGCAAAAGGACACUUGGCUUUCCUGACGAUCUUAACCAGAUUGUGCGCUUCUCGGAUCGUUCGGUUUUCCGAGAUGGUAGAAGCAUCAAUCACGAACACACGGACUGUGGUCAAGGGAUGCUUAGGAGCAGUGGAGGAGAAAGUAAGAGAGAAAGAAUUUAAGGAGGAGUGGUGGGAGGAAACGGAGAAGCAAAAUAAAAUUGGAGAAGACACCGAGAUGCAUCGUCGCAUUUCUUCCAUUCUUCGCUCCGGCCGAGACGACAGCAAGUCAACCCUAGAUGACGUCAUAAUCGGCUUCGAGCGGCUCCGACGUCACGUGCGUGAGGAUCUGACUUGCGCCAACCGGAAGUCCUCCGCGAUCUGUGAUCUUCGAGAUGAAGAAGCGCUCGAUCUUUUCGAGGGCAGGCCAAGGCGAGAAAUCCGAAAAGUCGGCCCCUCUUUUGAUGCUUGGACCGAAUCCGAAGUCGCAGUGAAAGAACGGAAUUUUCAAGGAGUUUAUACCGUCGAUGAUGUCACGGGUCCGAAUGGUGACGUCACUAAAAGAUCGGCGAAUUCUUCGUCAACAGAAAGUAGUAGUGAGGCAGAGGAUAUAAAAGUCCCAGUUAAAGAGAGAAAGGGGAAGCAUUAUUUUGUGCAUCGGGGCUCCGAUGCUUCAGACUCUGAAAGUUUAAAGUCAGCCGUUAUAGUUGGUGGAAAAGGUUCGCAGACUUCAAACGAUAGUUUAACACUGGACAUGUGGGGGAUGUCUGACAACUCUUCAGAAGAUUCGCCAUCAUUUUCUGCCAUCCGUCCAAGCGCUGGUCCUUCCAUUCAAAUGGAUGUAAAACAGAACGAAUCUUCCACUAAAUUAUCAAGUGAUUGCGAAUCUAGCAACCAUUUUUAUUGUGACGCAAUGAGCACUGACGCGUUAAGCUACGUCACGUGCGCGUCACAAUGCGGGUCUGUUGUCGAAAACGAAAAUGCAAAACGAGAAUGCUCAAACACCAAACCAAAGAAGCACGUCUCUAUUAACGAAAACGUAGAGUUCUUUUCUGGCGAAAAUUCUUCUCCUCGACGCCAUCAAUCGUCCAAUGACGUCAUCAAAAUUGAAACUCCGGACCCGUCCGCAGCUUCCAGAGCACAAAGAAGACGAAGAUUCAGUAGUGUGUUUGAGACCAAAGAUGUAAUUAAGACUGCUGGAACUGAAAACCGCACUCGGGACGCUUUGCGGACCGACAAGGGAAAAGGAUUGCUGCAAGAAAUAUUUGGAGUUUCGCUCACGGCUCAACAAAUGAUCGAAGCUUAUCAAAGUAAUGUGACCAAUCUUAUUACGUCACAAAGCGGGAGCGUUCUGCCUCACUGGGUGUCUAACGUAACGCAAGGUUACUUAGCUGUAUCAAGCAUUGCUGCUGUUGCCUUUUCUUGUUGGGCAGUGUUCUUUAUGGGGCUGUCCGAUACAGUACUGAUUGCCGCCGUCCCAAUUGCCAUUUUCUGUUUUGGUAUCAUUCUAGAGCCGCUGAAAUGUCUUACUAUUGCUUGGAUUCUAUUCCUUUGGCGGCGCAAACCGGCAUUCUACAACAGUCCGUUGUACAUCAAAAGCAAUCCAGUGCUUGUAAACCGUACGUCUACUUUGAAAUCUGCCUAUUCCAAGUACAGGACAACUUGGCCGACAGAAUUCAGCGAGAUUGAGAAACCGUCAGCGCCAGAGUACGAAGACGCACUUUACCGCCAUUACUGUGAGAACCGCUCGAGACCAGAAUGCAGUCGUCGGCGGAGAAGACAGCUUCCAGCGCUGGCGGAAAGUGACGUUUCUAUCGAUCUCGAUCAAGUGGAACCGUAUAGAGAACUCGAAGAAGCCGCGCCAACUGUGGUUAUCUCACCAAUACCCGAGCGACGAGUGGAAAAGAAAGUAACCGAGCAGCUAAUUACAACUCGACGCGCUGUUGCAGGUUUCAGGCGUGGCGCGUUCGACGCAGGCCGAGGUGCUGUAUUCGGGUUCCGACGCGGGGCUGUCGAUUCCGGGGGACACAGGAUUAAAGUGAAACCGAAGCCAGAGCAGCCACCAAAAGGGCCAGUCCAAACACGUAUUGUGUGGUGUAGCAACGCUUGCCCCGAAGACGGCCUACCUUCUUCCAUGGAAGACACUGACUCCAACGAGGCCGUUCAAUAAAUUUUUAUAAAGUUAUCUAAAAUAAAUCAAAAAUUAUAAAACACGCUAA